AUGGGAGAUAAAAAGAAAAAGGGAGAUCAGGUAGAGGAUUUCUCAACAGAGCAAUUAAAUAAAUUAUAUCGGAAGCGAUGUGAAAUUAAUGGAGUUCCUCUUUGCAAAAUAUUUAAGGAAAGAUUAGAAGCUGUAUGUUCAGAAGGAGAACAUUUAUAAAAUGUAAAACUGUGGGAAGAAAUGGGACCUGUUGGUGUUAGAGCUAUGAUGGAAUCAUUUACUGAAAUAGGCUAUAAACAUUUAAAAUAGUUAAGAUUAUGGAGAGUCAAAUGCUAAGAUGAAGGAGUCAGAACAAUAUGUUUGUAUAUUGAUAAAGUUCGAUUGCUUGAAGUGUUAGACCUUUUAGAUAAUCAAAUAGGUGUUUUAGGGUGUAAAUUCUUAGCAGACAUACUCCAUCCGAAGUGCGAAAGUAAAUUAGUAAAACUGAAAUUGGAUCACAAUCAAAUUGGUUCAGAAGGAUUGGCUGAGCUGACUAAAGGGUUGGCUAUGAAUAACACCUUGGAAAGUCUGGCAUUGAAUUAUUGUGGCAUAGAGGCUGAUGGGGCAAAAUCUCUAUAGGAUAUAUUGGCGAAUGUUAAUAGCAAGUUAUAUAAAUUGAAAUUGUGUGGAAAUCGACUCAAAAAUGAAGGAGCAUAUGAAUUAUUUAGAGCAUUAGAAAUCAAUAAUACUUUGGAAAGAAUUAAGUUAGCAGACAAUCAAUUUCAUUCUGAUCCAAGCGAUUUAACCUUAAUAAAUAAAAUUCUUUCUACCUUCGAAUUAAAUAAAACUCUAGGAUAUUAUGAUCUUAAAUUUAAUUUACUUAGCGAUGAAGAUGCCACAAAAAUAAUUCCAUUAAUCGAAAAAAAUAAAUCCAUCUUCUUUAUUGAAAUUUCAGAUUAAAUAUCCAAACCCCUUACUGAUAAGUUAAAAUCACUAACAAAGAAGAGAAAACCCAAGAAGAAGAAGAAAAGCAAAAAAAAGAAGUGA